AUGCUACAGCUACUUGUUCUUGUCUUCCUUUGCUGUGUGGCAGCACAAGAAUACCCCGGCAAAUUUCAAGUUGACUUAGUCUUCCCCCAGAAUGAGACGUACACACCGCAGGCAUUCUUCCCUGUGGUGUAUGCAGUUCAUAAUUUCAAGGCAGCCGAGGGUUUGAACGUCUAUAUCGCCGGUGAGAUGCAAACCAGCCGCGCGAAAUUCUGGGAGGUCGACGAGCCAAUCGGAGCAGAAGAUUUCGGUGUCUGGAGCCUUCCCGGAGCAAUGUUCGAUCGACCUUUGAGCAGAGAGUGGCCGGAUACCGAUCCCUUAUUCUUCAUAACGUCAAUGAGCCCGAUGACCAAUGGAACGGAAACGCACUUUUACAUUCGGUGGACAGUAGGCAUGACAAACUGUACUGAUGACGGCGAGGAAGAUUUCAGGCCAGAAACCUUCCAACUCGAGUUUAGCGUUGCUCUAGACGGCAAGCUUCCAGAUAUUGCUGGCGCCAUCAGGGGUUGCGACUACCAAUCAACAGCGACUAACGUAUUACGAAGCUACAUCGGCUUUGGCUGUGGACUAGUGGAAGAGAGUGACAUAGACGAUCGGUGCGCCUCUCUAAGCGAAUACGCAGAUGUCGUGGCAGCUAACGUGUCGGACAAGGCCUUAGAUUUUGACAUUGGUCUUCUAGAACAGCCUAGGCCCCGGGAUAUGGCCGAAUGUGCGUUCGACAGGCUUGGUGCGUUGCUUAACCUGUGA